AUGAAUGACAGCAAAGAUAACACGGUGCGGGUGGUGUUUAUAUCCUUGCUGCUGGAUCUCCUGGCGUUCACAAUGAUAUUGCCACUGCUGCCGGCCCUUCUGGAUCAUUACAAGGAGAUAGAGAACGGACAAGGAUUGUACUCCACUAUUUUCAAGUAUGUGAAGAAUAUACAAGUGUUCUUCGAUGCUCCAGAUAAAGUCAGUACGGUUCUUUAUGGAGGUUUCCUCGGCUCCAUGUAUUCUUUCUUGCAGUUCCUUGGAUCACCGAUUAUAGGAGCAUUGUCUGAUAUAUAUGGGAGAAAACCUUUGAUGCUCCUGUGUUUGACAGGCAUUUCAAUCUCGUACCUUCUGUGGGCUCUCUCCACAAACUUUGGCAUUUUUGUAUUGGCGAGAUUUGUAGGUGGCAUUAGUAAAGGAAAUAUCAGCCUGUCAAUGGCUAUUAUUAGCGAUGUGACUUCUGCAAAAACAAGAGGAAAGGCAAUGGCACUUGUGGGAAUAGCCUUCUCCGUAGGCUUUGUUGUGGGACCAAUAAUAGGAGCAUUCUUUGCGCGGAUCUCAAGCGGUAAUAGAGAGGGCACGUGGUAUAUGAUGCCAGCCAUGUUUGCACUUUUCCUAGCUUUAAGUGACUUAUUAUUCGUUUUCUGCUAUAUGAAGGAAAGCUUACCAAUAAAGCAUAGGGCAACCACUCUAGCAAAGGGAUUGUCUGGAGCAAUUUCUUACAUCAAUCCAGUUGAUCUCUUUCAAUUUAAUGGAGUUUCUGGCUUAAACCGACAAGAUCAACAAGAUUUAAAGACAUUGGGCCGUGCGUACUUCAUAUACCUGUUUAUCUACAGUGGCUUGGAAUUCACUCUGACAUUUCUAACUCAUCAUACGUUUGGAUUUACCAGUAUGCAACAGGGUUGGAUGUUUCUCGCGAUCGGACUGAUCAUGGCAAUUUUACAGGGUGGUUGGGUGCGACAUAUCCCGCCGAACAAAACAAAAGCUAUCAGUGAAUUGGGUUUGUGGCUAGUAAUUCCUGCAUUUAUAUGUAUCGGUGUUGCUAGUGAUGUAGCACUCUUGUCUGUUGGGAUUUUUCUUUUUGCAAUUUCCACCGCUAUGGUUGUCACUUGUAUGAUGACACUAGUGACACGCAUCGGACCUGAGCACCAGAAGGGCGUCAUCACUGGUACAUUUCGUUCGCUCGGUGCCUUGGCACGCGCUUGCGGGCCCAUCGUUGCAUCUUCAGCCUUUUGGUGCAUCGGAAGUGCUUCGACGUACUUAAUAGGGGCUUUGUUCCUCACAUUACCGCCACUCAUCUUACACGGUAUGCGUGCCUUGUGAUUUAAUAUACAACCAGAGAUUGCCUGCUUCUCUACCUUGAGAAGCAUAUAUUUAUUUCGCAGUCAGUAUUUUUAUAUAUAUUUAACACACGUCGCUUUUUUAUAUUGACUUUUACAUAGUUAUUUUAUAUAUCACGUUUGAUAUUGUAGAGACAUUUAAAAGUUGUGAUGAUGUAUUAUUAGAAGAUUAAUGAAUAUAUUUAUACUGAAUACUGAGAUGUAUUUUAUUUAUAGAGGAUGUUUUAUAAGGACGUACACAUAUAUUUAUACAUAUUUCUAUUUCUACACAUGUAUGUAUGCGAGAUUCUACCGAGAAUUGUAGUCGAGAGAUGUGUGAGAUUAUAAACAUUGUAUUCUAUAAUGUUUGAAUAA